UGUAGUGAUUUCGAAUUCAAAUCCGAAUCCUACUCUUCAAAGUUUCUCGAGUUUUGUUUGAAGUCUUUGCAAUUCCCUGAUUCAUUUUGGAUCUCAGAAGAUGAUGAAAGAGGUAAAGGAGGCUUUUUGUUUUGUAUGUUCAUCUGAAUGUUGGAGGAUGGUUCUGUUCUGGAGUAUCGCUCUUGUUUCUUCUUAUCUUCAAUUGCUUAGAGCAAGGGUCUUUGGCUCAAAAGCUACUCCUAUUUCUUGCUCCAUCAAUCCACAUAAUGGAUCUUCGAGACCCAUUUGUGUUAUCACUGGUGCUACUUCUGGGAUUGGUAAGGCCACUGCAUUUGCUCUUGCAGAGAAGGGUUUCUACGUUGUUCUUGUUGGACGGUCCUCUCAGCUUCUUUCAGAGACAUUGAAGGAAAUUAAGAACAAGAACAAAGAUGCUCAACUCAAGUCUUUCGAAGCUGACAUUUCUUCUUUUGAAUCAAUCUUCAAGUUUAAAAACUCUCUAGAGCAAUGGCUAUCGGACUCAGAGUUACAUCCUUCGAUUCAGCUUUUGGUGAACAAUGCUGGGAUAUUGGCAACUUCUAGUCGACCAACCAUUGAUGGUUAUGACAGGAUGAUUGCUACAAACUAUAUUGGUCCAUUCUCUUUGACCAAACUUCUUUUGCCACUUCUGAAAAAUAGCUACGUUCCUUCACGGGUCGUUAACGUAACAUCUUUCACACAUCGUUCAGCUUUCAUUCAAAAGUUCAACAAGGACUCUGUAACUGGAGUAUGUUUUUCUACAUCAAACCAAUAUCCUUGCGCUCGAAUCUACGAGUAUUCUAAAUUAUGUCUUCUACUGUUCUCAUAUGAAUUGCACAGACAGCUUCGGCUCUUAGACGACUCACGCCAUGUCUCUGUAAUAGCUGCUGAUCCAGGAUUUGUGAAAACGAAUAUAAUGAGAGAGCUUCCUUGUUACAUAACUUCCAUGGUGUUUCUUGGCUUCAGAAUUCUUGGCCUACUGCAAUCCCCAGAUGAUGGAGCUGAAUCUAUCAUCGAUGCCGCUUUAUCCACAUGGGAAACAUCAGGUGCUUACUAUUUUGGAGGAAAAGGAAGGACCAUUGAAUCAUCACAAGUUUCUAGAGACCCGAGACUUGCUAAACAACUCUGGGAAAUCUCUUGUGAUUUGUUCAAUGACUUGCACUUGCAUCUUCUUCAUCAAAACAACUAAUUAUUAAAGAGUCUCUAGAAUAUAUCUUUUAUUUAAGAAUCCAGUCAAUCUCAUGAAUAUGAGAAACUAUAUGAAAGAAAUGUACUGAAAUUUUGUAGAGCAUAUCUUUGUUUAUUGUAUUAAAUAUUGCUAUACGAUUACAUUCAACCAUCCUAAGAAAACGUAAAAAUGGCAAUUGCAUGUUAA